AUGGAAUCCUCUUCUCUAAGCAUUGGCUCUGCAAGUGAAAAGCAAAACGUGACUAAACGUGAGACUACAGGAGAUUUCUAUCCGGAUUGGGUUCCAUUUAAGAACAAACAAGGUGACGAACUGGGUGAGUUUGUUGAAGUAUCGAAAAGAAAACCAAAAAAGAGAUUAGCCCCUCCUGCUAAUUUUGUGUUGAAAACACUAGUGGAUCAGGAAGGUGAAGAAUACGCUGACAAGGGACAAGAAGAAAAUUCUGGUGAUGACUAUUUUGAAAAGAAAGAAUGGUCAGAUAUUCCUGAGAUCGAUAAUAUCAAUUCACAGAAAUCAGAUCCUGGAAGGAAAGCAGAGAUUAGCGAGAUAAAUAUUUUAACAAAAUCUGAACAAAAAAUAGAACCCAAUGAAGAUGAGGAGAAAUUGAAUAAAGAAAGUGAAGAACGUGAAAACAAUGGGAAAGAGGAAAAAUCUGAAGAAAUAAAAAGUGCAAAAGAUACGACCAACAGUGAUGCCAAAGUAUUAGGUAAGGAAUCACAUAAAGAUAAAGAUGACAUCGAAUAUGAUGAAGAUGUUCCGGAAAAGGAAAAGUCGAAUAAAAGCACAGCAGAGCAAAAAGAAGAAGAGGCUAAGAAAGCAAAAAUACUACACAGUGUGGACGAACUGAAAGAACGACACGCAGAAGAACAAAGACGGAUAUCGCAAAAAGUUAAAGAAGAAGAAAUGUAUGAAGAAGAACGAGAUAGGGACUAUUUACGACAUCCACGACAGCAAUAUGACAAAUAUAGCAACAAAGUUUCGAAAUGGAAAAAAGUAACUCCAGAUUAUGAUGAAUAUGAUGACAAAGUGUUUGAUGUAAAAAAUAAAUACAAAACUGUUGCAAAACAACCGCAUCAUUCAACAGCACAGUCACAAGAAGAUUUGAAAGCAGCAAAAAAUUUUGGAUCAUCUGAAAUACUUUCUGUAUUUAAAAACCCAGAUGCAUACAUUUUAGACAAAUAUGAAGAUAGCGAAGAAAUUACUACCACUAUUCAACCAAAACGAGAUAAGACGUCAAGAAAUAAAGAUUCUAAAAAAUUCUCCUCGAAAUAUAAUGUUAAAUUUAAUCCUAAAGAAGAAAAACAUGUAAGAAUAUCUUUAGUGCCUGAAGAUAAUGACUCCAAAGAAGGUGAACCAACGCUUUUCUUUCCAAAAAAGAGGACGAAUAAGCGUCGGUUUAAGAUUAAAACCACCACACCAGAACCAGAUUCUUUCGAAACUGAAACUGUCCAUUACAAAGAUUUAAUUCAUCCCACACACACGACAAUCACUACAGAUAUAACAUCGAUCGAUACAGAGUCGACAGCAGGAGACACUAUACCUACUGCUGCUGAUACAGCUCUAAGUGAAUCAGUUGUUUCCCAAAACGCUAAUCAAGUGACUGAUGCCGUGCCUUCAUCAACAGACAAUACAGAAGAAAAACAAAUCGAAGACAUUGAAUAUGAAAAAGGACGAGGUAAAGAACAUCACGCGUCGCACGAGGAAGAACAUGGAGAACAUGGGAAAAAAAGCUUACAAGGUAGGUCCACGAGCAAUAUCUUCAGUUUAGGCUUAAAAUUAAAUAGUUUUUAG